AUGGCGCGAGCUCGGCCGGCAUUAGCCAUGUCCGCGGCGGCGGAGUCGUCGCUGCUGCUGCUGCUGUGCGCGGCGGCGUUCGUGGAGCGCGGCGCGGCGCUGCACCUGUGCACGGACCGCCUCUUCAACUUCACGCAGGGGCGGCACAACGACGGCCUGCCGCACCUCACCCCGACGGAGGAGGCCACGUGGAUGGCGCUCCUCCCGCGCAGGCUCCGCGGCGGCGCCCGGGCCGAGUUCGACUGGCUGGCGCUCUACCGCAGCCUCACGCGGGGCGGCGGGCCGGACUACGGCGCCGGCAAGCCGGGCCCGGGGGACCUGCUGACGCCGGCGUCCCUGCACGACGUCCGCCUCCACGGCGGCGACGACGACCACCUCGCCGCCGGCUCGUCCUCCUCCAUGUACUGGCAGGCGCAGCAGACCAACCUCGAGUACCUGCUCUACCUCGACCCCGACCGCCUCACCUGGACCUUCCGCCAGCAGGCUGGCCUGCCCACCGUCGGGGAUCCCUACGGCGGCUGGGAGGCGCCGGACGGCCAGCUCCGUGGCCAUUUCACAGGGCACUACCUGAGCGCGAGCGCGCACAUGUGGGCGGCCACGCACAACAGCACCCUCAGGGAGAGGAUGACGAGGGUGGUGGACAUUCUCUACGACUGCCAGAAGAAGAUGGGCACGGGAUACCUCUCGGCGUAUCCCGAGACCAUGUUCGACUUGUACGAGCAGCUGGACGAGGCGUGGUCACCAUACUACACCAUCCACAAGAUUAUGCAGGGACUUCUCGAUCAGUAUAUGUUGGCCAGUAACAAGAAAGGUCUUGACGUGGUGGUGUGGAUGACUGACUACUUCAGCAACCGUGUGAAGAAUCUGAUACAGAAUUACACUAUUCAGAGGCAUUGGGAGGCAAUGAACGAGGAGACCGGUGGAUUCAACGACGUCAUGUAUCAGCUGUAUACAAUAACGAAAGAACAGAAACAUCUGACAAUGGCUCAUCUUUUCGACAAACCAUGCUUCCUUGGACCUCUUGGUCUUCAUAAAGAUGGCAUAUCGGGCUUGCAUGUAAAUACGCAUCUCCCUGUCGUCAUUGGUGCACAGAAGAGAUAUGAGGUCGUUGGUGAUCAUCUUUACAAGGACAUCUCAACCUACUUGUUUGAUGUGGUAAAUUCUUCUCAUACAUUCGCAACUGGAGGUACAUCUACCAUGGAACACUGGCAUGACCCAAAGCGGCUGGUGGACGAGAUCAAAAUCAGCUCGAACGAGGAGACCUGCGCCACCUACAACUUCCUCAAGGUGUCACGGAACCUGUUCCGGUGGACAAAGGAGGCCAAGUAUGCAGACCACUACGAACGGCUGCUCAUCAAUGGGAUCAUGGGCAACCAGAGGGGAACACAGCCUGGUGUCAUGCUCUACUUUCUUCCCAUGGGGCCUGGGCGAUCCAAGAGUGUCAGUGGUCGGCCCCCCUCUGGCCUUCCGCCGAAGAAUCCAGGGGGAUGGGGAGGUCCGAACGACACGUUUUGGUGCUGCUAUGGCACUGGGAUAGAAUCAUUCUCAAAGCUUGGGGAUUCCAUAUAUUUCCUGGAGAAUGGUGAAUUGCCAGGGCUCUACAUCAUCCAGUACAUCCCGAGCACCUUCGAUUGGAAAGCCACAGGCCUCACUGUCAAUCAGCAGGCCAAACCUCUGUUGUCAACGGACCCCUUUUUCAAAGUUUCGCUCACCAUUGCUGCGAAGGGAGAUGCCCAACUAGCAAAGGUGAGUGUCAGGAUCCCGUCAUGGACAUCAACUGAUGGCACAAUGGCAAUUCUGAAUGGCCAGAAGCUCUACCUGACAUCCACUGGCAACUCGACCGAUGGUGGUUUCCUGACGGUGACCAAGCUCUGGGCCGAUGAUACCUUGACUCUCCAAUUCCCCAUUACCCUUAGAACUGAGGCAAUCAAAGAUGACCGGUCGGAGUACGGGUCCAUCCAAGCGGUGCUGUUCGGGCCGCACCUCCUCGCCGGCCUGACGCACGGCAAGGUGCCAGUGACAGACAGUAACCACUCCAACGACGGCCUGACCCGGAGCAUCUGGGAAGUGAACGCCACAAACGCCGCCUCCGUAGCCGACUGGAUCACUCCGCUCCCCUCCGAGACGCUCAACUCACAGCUCGUCACGCUGACGCAGAGCGCCGGCGGACGGACCCUCGUUCUGUCGGUGUCGAUCGCCGACGCGAAGCUGGAGAUGCAGGAGCAGCCCGCCCCAGGGACCGACGCGUGCGUGCACGCCACGUUCCGCGUCUACGGCCAGGCGGGCAGCAGCAGCAGCGAGAUGCUGCAACUGCAAGGGCCGAACGUGACGAUCGAGCCGUUCGACAGACCGGGCAUGGCGGUCACCAACGGCCUCCUCGCCGUCGGCCGCCCUGGAGGCCGCGACACGCUCUUCAACGCCGUGCCGGGGCUGGACGGCGCGCCGGGCUCGGUGUCCCUGGAGCUCGCCACCAGGCUGGGGUGCUUCGUGACGACGGCGGCGGCGGCCCCCCGCAGCGGGCGCGGGCGCGGGCGCGAACGCCGCCACGCAGGUCGUCUGCCCGGGCAACAACGACGGCGGCAGCGCGAGCGACGAGGAGGCGGCGUUCCGGCGCGCGGCGAGCUUCGCGCGCGCGGCGCCGCUGAGGCGGUACCACCCGCUGAGCUUCGCGGCGCGCGGGACGGCGCGGAACUUCCUGCUGGAGCCGCUGCGGAGCCUGCAGGACGAGUUCUACACCGUCUACUUUAG